AUGACAAAGGGUACUUCAUCUUUCGGUAAGCGUCAUAAUAAGACGCAUACGUUGUGUCGCCGAUGCGGUCGUUCAUCGUACCAUAUUCAAAAACAUCGUUGCGCAUCAUGUGGUUAUCCAUCUGCUCGUAAGCGUACCUAUCAGUGGUCAGCAAAAGCAAUCAGGCGACAUACGACAGGUACUGGUCGUAUGCGUCAUCUCAAAAUUGUUAGACGUCGAUUCAGAAAUCAUUUUCGUGAAGGAAGCAUAGCAAAGCCAAAAAACCGUCAAGGAACACAACCAACAAAUGCUGUUGCAAUGAGCUAG